AUGAAGUUUUACAUCGAUGAUCUACCGGUUCUAUUUCCCUAUCCCAAAAUAUACCCCGAGCAGUAUGCAUACAUGAGUGACAUCAAAAAGACCCUCGAUGUGGGUGGAAACUGUAUAUUGGAGAUGCCGUCGGGGACGGGAAAGACUGUUUCCUUGCUUUCGCUAACAGUGGCAUACCAGAUGCAUUACCCAGAGCACAGAAAGAUUGUUUAUUGUUCACGUACCAUGUCUGAGAUUGAGAAGGCAUUGAUUGAGUUGCACAAGUUGAUGGAGUUUCGAGCAAGCGCGUUGGGAUACGUUGAAGAUUUCCGCGGAUUGGGGUUGACAAGUAGGAAGAACUUGUGCUUGAACCCAUUGAUAUCGCGGGAGAGGAAGGGGAAUGUUGUUGAUGAAAUGUGUCGACGCGUGACGAAUGGUCAGUUGAAGGAAAAGAUUGAGCGAGGAGUCGUGACUGAGGAUAUGCAAGAAAGAGAUCCUGAAAAAUACUCCUUGUGCUCAUUCCACGAGAAUUUGAAUGAACUCGACCAGCAUGAUUUGAUCCCAGAAGGUGUUUAUUCAUUUGACGCGUUGAUCAAGUAUUGUAAGCAGAUAGGAACGUGUCCGUAUUUCACGGUGCGUAGAAUGAUUCCGUUCUGCAACAUCAUCAUCUACUCAUAUCAUUAUUUGUUGGAUCCCAAGAUUGCCGAUAGAGUUUCGCGCGAGUUGUCCAAGGAUAGCAUUAUUAUUUUUGACGAGGCGCACAAUAUUGAUAAUGUUUGUAUAGAGGCGUUGUCGUUGGACUUGACAGAGGAUGCUCUAAAGCGGGCUACGAGAGGUGCUAACAAGCUAGCAGAUGCGGUUGAUGAGAUGAAGCAGCAAGAUAGUGAAAAACUUCAAAAUGAAUAUGAACAGUUGGUAGAAGGGUUGCGGCAAGCCGAGGUGGCACGCGAAGAGGAGCUCUUUAUGUCGAAUCCCAUCCUACCGCAAGAUUUACUUGAUGAGGCCAUUCCAGGUAACAUUCGGAAAGGUGAACAUUUUGUAGCAUUUUUGAAACGGUUUAUUGAGUAUCUAAAGACUAGAAUGAAGGUGUUGCAUGUGAUUAGUGAGACACCUACGAGUUUCUUGCAGCACUUGAAAGAACUUACAUAUAUCGAUCGGAAGCCCUUGCGGUUCUGCUCGGAGAGGCUUUCGUUGUUGGUAAAGACGUUGGAAUUGUCAGAGAUUGAGGAUUUCAACGCGUUAAAGGAUAUUGCAACAUUUGCAACUUUGGUGUCUACUUAUGAUACUGGGUUUCAACUUAUCUUGGAGCCAUUUGAAACUGAAGGUAGUACUGUGCCCAACCCGAUCCUCCAUUUCACUUGUUUGGAUGCGUCAAUUGCAAUCAAGCCGGUAUUUGAUAGGUUCUCUUCGGUGAUCAUUACCUCGGGAACCAUUUCACCUUUGGAUAUGUACCCCAAGAUGUUGAAUUUCCAAACCGUUAUUCAAGAAUCGUAUGCAAUGACGUUGUCGAGACGUGCGUUUUUACCAUUGAUUGUUACGAAAGGUAGUGAUCAAUUGGCGCUUUCGUCUAGAUUUGAAAUUAGAAACGAUCCUUCAGUUGUUCGGAACUAUGGCUCUUUAUUAAUUGAGUUUUCAAAGAUCACACCCGAUGGCAUGGUUGUGUUUUUCCCAUCAUAUUUGUAUAUGGAGUCGAUUAUAUCCAUGUGGCAGACAAUGGGAGUAUUGGACGAAGUGUGGAAGCACAAACUUAUUCUUGUUGAGACUCCUGAUGCGCAAGAAACGUCUUUGGCGUUGGAGACGUAUAGAAAAGCUUGUUCGAAUGGAAGAGGUGCAGUAUUAUUAUCAGUUGCGCGUGGAAAAGUUUCCGAAGGUAUUGAUUUUGACCAUCAUUACGGGAGAACAGUAUUGAUGAUUGGUAUUCCUUUCCAAUAUACGGAGUCGAGGAUCUUGAAAGCUAGGUUGGAGUUUAUGAGAGACCAUUUGCAGAUCAAGGAGAAUGACUUUUUAUCGUUCGACGCGAUGCGACACGCUGCGCAGUGCUUGGGACGGGUUUUGCGUGGUAAGGAUGAUUACGGGAUCAUGGUGUUGGCGGAUAGAAGGUUUGCAAGGAAAAAAUCACAGCUUCCGAAAUGGAUUGCGCAGGCGCUUAACGAUUCGGAUACCAAUUUGUCGACGGAUAUGGCGUUGGCAACGGGGAAGAAAUUCUUGCGCAGUCUUGCACAGCCCACGAACCCCAAGGAUCAAGAAGGUGUUUCUGUGUGGAAUCUUGCGCAGUUGGAGGACUAUCAGAAACAGUUUAACAAGGUGCAAGUGUCGGAGGAGAAGCAGAAUGAGAUUAAUGGGUUUGUGGAUGAGAACAUUAACGGCACGCCAAAGGAGACUGUUGAUGAUUUCAUGGAUAUAGAUGAUGAGGAUCUAGAUUUGCUUUAG